UGCAGGAAGAUGGCGCGCUUCUCUUCCAGUGUGGUUUUGAUCAUGGCCAUUUCCAACCUGUUUGAAUUGGGAUUCCUUGCUGGGUUGGACCACCGUGAACUGGCGCGUCCGUCUCUGGGAGACCUGGCCUUCAGAGAGGACAGCGCUCCAUCCUUGGAGGAGCCUGAAGUUCGCAUUCCCUCUUUCCAGUUUGUGCGAUCCACCAGUAUACAGAGCAGCAAGUUGCUAAAUAAAACCUGCUGCCUGAAUGGAGGUACCUGCAUCCUGGGGUCCUUCUGUGCCUGUCCCCCUUCCUUCUAUGGACGCAACUGUGAACGGGACGUACGCAAGGAGCGUUGUGGGUCCAUCCCCCAUGGCACCUGGCUGCCCAAAACGUGUUCCCUGUGUAGAUGUUGGCACGGCCAGCUGCACUGCUUCCUGCAGACCUUUCUGCCUGGCUGUGGGGGCCAUGUGACGGACGAUCACCUCAGAGCUUCCAGGAUGACAGAAUUAGCGCCAUCAGUGCCAACCACCUUGAUGCUGGCCUGUGCCGGAGGCCGGGCUACCCCUGGAACCAGCUUCCACUCAGGGUCCAAGCCCAGCCAGACAGUCCGCUUCCUUACAAAUCGCUGCUUCACAAAGUCGCAUCUGUGA